ACGAAAAAUAAUUAAUAACUGUAAGUCAGCGCAUGCGCAGUGCCUUUAGGAAGCAUGUAUCGAUGGGUAGCAUAAGUCGACGGACCACCGGCUCUCUGUGAGAGUUUUCCCUCACUUUUCUUUUCUCUCUCCGCCUCUGUGUGUGUGACAGGUGGAGAAAGCUUCUGCUGAGACUUCCUCUUCAUCUGAGCUCCCGGUCUGUUUAUCUAGUUAGCAGCUCUUUACCACGCGGACUGUCUGUUCUCUGUAAUGAAAUACAGGCUUUUAAAGUUGACCCUUCAAACUGAAGCCAAAUACCAGCGAGCGCCGCGUUGCUGUCUCCUGUCUCACGUGUUCUUCUGUCAAGAGCGAGCAGCAGCAGACAGAGCUGGAGCAGCAGGAGGAGCAGGGGAGGAGAAGGAGUGUCAGACAAGAAGCUCAGGGAGUUGAUUAUGAAUGAAUGAACUUUAGUGAUCAUGGAGGGGAAGGUGUGGACGGGCGUGCCGUGUGGUUUCGAGGAAGUGGGAGGUGUGCAAUCGACUCAAGAGAUUCUGAAAACACAGUUGAGUAAUCAGUUCAGUCUCUAUAGUGGACUGGUUCUCUGAAGAAACUCCUACUGCUCAGAUCAUCCAGUUGAACCGAUUCGGUCACUCACUCAGUUACAUCUGGAGUAAAAGACUAUGAUGAUGUGACACCUGAGGUUCAGCAUGUCUACGGAAAACAGACUGGUUGACUCAUCUCCUCUGCUUAUGGAGGGUCCAGUAGAAGGUCCAGUGGACGGCGUGUUGACCCCAGGCCACCAGAGACUCAGCGGCUGUGUUCCACUGCCCCAUCAGGUGGCUGGACACAAGUAUGGCACCAGCAAAGUUGGUAUCCUGCAGCACCCUGAUGGCACAGUACUGAAGCAGCUGCAGCCUCCCCCCAGAGGCCCCCGUGAAUUGCACUUCUACACACAGGUAUAUUCUCAAGACUGCACUGACCCCCAGCUACUGGCCCUACAACACCACCUGCCCAAAUACUACGGCACAUGGGCAUCACUGGAAUCACCAAACGAGGUGUAUUUGAAGCUGGAGGAUGCGACGCGGCGGUUUGCUCGCCCGUGUAUCAUGGACGUGAAGAUUGGGAGGAAGAGCUAUGACCCAUAUGCCUCGCAAAAGAAAUGUGAAGAGCAGAUUAGAAAGUAUCCUCCAAUGGAGGAGAUUGGCUUCCUGCUUCUGGGAAUGAGGGUGUACCACGUAAAUUCAGAAAGCUACAUCAGUCAUGACAAGCUCUACGGACGGGGUCUGAGGAAAGAGACACUGAAAUCUGGCUUGGCCGAGUUCUUCCAUAACGGAGAGGAGCUGAGGAAAGAUGUCAUCUCUUUGAGCAUCUGUAAGAUUCGUGACAUCCUGCACUGGUUUGAGGGUCAGAAGCAGCUUCAUUUCUAUGCCAGCUCUCUGCUGUUUGUGUAUGAAGGCUCGCCUCAGUUAGCUAACAGAAUGAAGGGGAGGGAAGACACCCGGACUGGACAGGAACACGGGCAAGGUGAGGCAGAGUGCAAUAAUAACAUUCACCUUGCCAACUUCAAGCUUCGGGGUCAGCGCUGCAGCUUAGCCUCUCAGAGGAGUGCCUGUGGCUGGCUAAACUGUAGUGACCUUCGCCUGGACAUUCACCACGUGAGGCACGAGAAUGGGAUCUGGUCUCACUCGCUACAGAACCACCUGGAACAGGCCAAUGGCAGCGGAGGGAGGAGGGAGGACGAGAUAAGAUGCACAAAAGGAUUUGGAGACAAGAGAACAGCGUUGGGGAGAGGAAGGUGGAGAGAUGGAGAGAAGAAGGAAGACGUGGAGGUCAGGAUGAUUGAUUUUGCCCAUGUUUUUCCUAGUGAUAGUCCAGAUGAAGGAUACAUGUACGGUUUAAGGAACCUUCUGUCUGUUUUGGAGCAGAUCCUCCAAGACGGAUUCCCUCGCCCCACUGAACUCUGAACGCUGAGUUAGAUUUUGCUCUACAGUAUGUCUGUCAAAUGGUUUUAAAAUGUUCUUUCUAAGAAUUUUAUUUUUGCACUCACUGGGCAUUGUACUGUUAAUAUCUACAAAAUUCAUCUGAGCCUGAUUUAAUAGUCAGUAACUGUUGGUACGACAUACUAAACUAGUAGCAGAGUCGACCCAAGUUUAAGAUAUGCCAUUAUUUGUUAAUUGCCAUUAUUUGUUAUUUGUUAGUUUUUUUAUUUUUCCUAACCAGUGCAGAAUCAUCUCAAAGCUAUAGGUUGCCUACAGCCUCUUAUACCACCUAUGAAGUUCUUAGGCUAUAUCUGCCUAUAUGACAACUAAUUUUUGGCAUAUCUAUAUUGUAUUCCAGUUUUUUUUGAAAGGCUCAACAACAAAAACAAAAAAAAACAUUAAAUCAGAGCUGUUUUGAAAUAUAAUUACAUUCAGGUUCGAAAAAAUGCAUCUUAGGCUGGAGCUGUGGCUACUCAGAUCAGAUUCAAAGUGUAUUUUUUUUCAUCAAUCACAACGUGACUAGAAGCACCCACGUGAAAUCAAAAUCUACACCGUUAAGGACAUUAAAGGAUGUGUGGGGAUCUUAUAGUGUGACUACCUUGUAACUGACACCUAUGUGAAGCCAGCCACAGUGACCCUAGUACAGUACCAGUCAAAAGUAUAGACCCACCCUCUUAUUCAGUGUUUUUUUUUUUAUUUCUUUUUUUAAUUUAUUUUCAACAUUGUAGAUUAAUAUUAAAUACAUCAAAACAAUUCAGGGACACAUAUGCAAUUUUGCUGUAAACAUUAAAAAAGUAUUUGGUCUCCAGCACACCCAUGCGAGCAUUCUGUUCAUCUCUGUGUGAACAGAAUUAUUUGAAAAAAAAAAGGAGGCAGGUUAUCCUCUGUUUAUGAAAAUAUUUAGAUAUAUGUGGACAGGUGAUGAUGCUCUGACUCUAAUUUGUUCAUUAUUACUAAUUACAAAUGAGAAAUUUAUGUAUAAUGGUUUAAUCAAUGAUUCCCAUGCUGUAGGACCAUCUAUACGUACAUGUUUGAGGAAUUGCUCUUUCCUCUAAAACCCCAAAUUGUUUCUGGUAUUAUUUCCGAGGGAAUAGCAACUAGCAACAAGCGCUCCUCUGUUGUUUUGUAACAAAAUCAUAAUCAGGAAGCAAUUACCCCCUAAAUGAGUGUUUUGCAAUCUCAAAAACACCUAAAUUGGAAAUUUUGAAGUCUGAGGUAGUGUUUUAAUCAUCUUAGAAAAUUACCAGAGGGAUAUGAAAAAGGCAUGAGCUUCAGUAAUGACUCACUGAUAUCCCAAUUACUGAACCAGAACACACAAACAGCGUAAGCUAUUUACACUGUGGAGCUUUCCGCUGAAGCUUUUAGCCCAUACUGCCUACAUGCAGUCCUUAAACAUCGUUUAGAAUAGCAAAUUCUCUGAUGCAGAUGUGUUUUUAAAUGUCAUCAUAUUGAUCAUGUUCCUAUUUCUGAUGCUCUCGCUGCCAAAAUGACAUUUUAAAUAAUAAAAAAAAAUGUAUUGAAAUGUAAACAUUGAAAUUGAAAACACUCACUCCUGUAUAAGUUGUGACGUGUUAUCUUGUAAGUGAGGUGGAACACUGGCCAGUGUGCUCAUGGCAAGGUGAGUGAAGUCUGAUAGUGGGUGCCAAAUAGACGGUACAUUGCUUGAUUUACAGUGCAACAUUUGUACUGAGAAUAAGAAUAGAAGGUACAUUACCACCCACAGUGGGUGGUCAUGAUCAGUACCAGCGCCAUCUAGCAACUCCUGCAGAAAUGACAUCCAAGUUCAUUGCAAGAGGCCCCACAUGCAUAUCCCACUGUUCAGUGCAGUGCAUUCUUUUUUUUGCUUUCAUGGGCCAUGGCAAAAGUCACGGGACACAUUACUAGAUUGUAUUAAUUCUGAAUGAUGUUCAUAUUCUACUAACAUUUCUGCUUUGUAAGCAGUGGAAAAUGGUUUAUUUGAAUCUUUUUUAGCUUUUAUGAUGUUAAUGAUAUUUUAAAACAAGCUUUGGAAACAGUAGCCUUUGUAAAACAAGUCUUACAAUAUUUGUUUGAAUCCCAAGUGGUUUUUUUUUUU